AACAAGGACUCCUACCGAGAAGCCAUAGCGGUUUCCACGGUCAUCGCCGCGCAUCAGCUGCGGGAAAUGCGAAUUCACGUCUACGCCAACUUACUGGAUCUGAUGAAAGUCCUCGACACGAUGAAUCGAGAAGAUCUGCGGAUAAUCAUACAGAAUUUUGGCUGCCUUGUGCGUUUCACUCACAUGGUGCGUCAGCUCUACGACAAGAUGACGACAGGCGCCCUUGAUGAUGUGUGGUAUCCCAAGCAUAUGCAGUGA